UUUUGUUUUGUUUUGUUAUUGGGAUUUGGGAUCUUAGAUUGGGAUACAUAAAAUUGCAUAAAAUGAAAUGAAAUGGAAGUAAAACAAGAAAUUGGCGAGGAAACGUGUAAAGUAAAAGUAAAAAUAGAGUAUAAUGAAUUGGAUGGUGCUCUUUUGGAUGGAUUUAAAUGUGAAACUCGUGAGGAAUUUAAUAGUCAAAGUACACAUGACACAUACGAUUAUUUAGACUUGAAGGAAUUUCCCAUAGAUACUCUAAUAGAACAACAUGGAAAUAAAUUUAACCCAUUUGAAGAAAACCAAAAAACUGAAAAAGGUUAUCUUCAAGACGAACCCAAAAUGGAAACUAAGGAGACACUGAUUCAAGAUUCAUCUUAUGAGGGAAAUUACUCUAUCCCUCAGGGUCAACACUCUGAGGGACAAACAUUAAAUGAAAAUAUAAAAGUUGAGAGCGGACAAAGGCCUUACAAAUGUGAAACUUGUUUUAAACAGUUUACUAAAGCAAGUAGUUUGAAAACACAUUUGAGAGCGCACACUGGGGAAAAACCUUACAAGUGUGAAAUUUGUUUUAAACAGUUUAAUACAACAAGUAAUUUGAAACAACAUAUAACAACACACACUAGAGAAAAACCUUAUGAGUGUGACAUUUGUUUAAAACAGUUUACUACAAAAGGUCAUCUGAAACAACAUUUAACAACACACACUGGAGAAAAAUCUUACCAGUGUGAAACUUGUUUAAAACAGUUUAAUAAAGCAAGUACUUUAAAAAUACAUUUAAGAGUACACACUGGAGAAAAACCUCACAAGUGUGAACUAUGUUUUAAGCAAUUUAAUCACGCAGGUAAUCUAAAAACACAUUUGAGAGUGCACACUGGAGAAAAACCUAACAAGUGUGAUAUUUGUUUAAAACAGUUUAGUGAAGCAGGUUCUUUGAAACAACAUUUGAGAGUGCACACUGGGGAAAAACCUUACAAGUGUGAAAUUUGUUUUAAGCAAUUUAGUGAAGCAAGUAAUUUGAGAAAACAUUUUAGAUUGCACACUGAAGAAAAAUCUUACAGGUGUGAAAUUUGUUUGAAACCGUGUACCACAACAAGUCAUUUGAAACAACAUUUAACACUGCACACGGGGGAAAAACCUUACAAGUGUGAAAUUUGUUUAAAACUCUUUACCACACCAAGUAAUUUGAAACAACAUUUAACAACGCAUACUGGAGAAAAAUCGUACCAGUGUGAAAUUUGUUAUAAGCAAUUUAAUCAACCAGGCAAUUUGAAAAGACAUUUGAGAGAGCACACUGGGGAAAAACCUUAUCAGUGCGAAAUUUGUUUAAAACAGUUUCGUGAAGCAGGUACUUUGAAAAAGCAUUUGAGAUUGCACACUGGGGAAAAACCUUACAAGUGUGAAAUUUGUUUAAAACAGUUUAGUGAAGCAGGUUCAUUGAAACUACAUUUGAGAGUGCACACUGGAGAAAAACCUUACAAGUGUGAAAUUUGUUUGAAACAGUUUAGUGUAGCAAGCUCUUGGAAAAGACAUUUGAGGGUGCACACUGAGGAUUUAUCUUAAUUUAUUCAAAACAGAAACAUGGAAUUUGGAAACACACUUGAGAGUGUACACGGCACUUCAGAAGGAAGGCCCUUUGCUGUUCAGCGUUAAUUUUUUUGUUAAAUUAACUGAAAGAAAAAAAAUAAAAUGUUAGGUCUUGG